AUGGAGUUCUUGAAGGAUGCCCUUCAACGGCCUAUGCCGCAGAUGAUCCUCUCGUCAGCUACGCGCCUCAGCGAUCCCGUCCUCGAUUUGUUCCGAGGCAUCCCAGGAAUGCAGGUGGAGCGCGUCACGUCAAGCAGGCACCUUGUUGCCUGGCGAACGCUGGCAGGUGUGGACGGCGAAGCCUAUCCGCAUCAAGCGUGCAAGGAUGCUCCCGAUGCCAGGGCGUUACAAGCGAUGAUCGACAAGCCCACGCUCGCUCGCUUCGUGACCGACGCCUCCUGCGCGUCCUUGGCGCAGAACCUGGAGGCCUGGGGUCCGCCUGUCAAGGAUAGAAAAGCAGAUGGAUGCUGCUAA